CAAAAAAAAAAUACACAUCCUUUUCAUUUUUACACUAUUAUAUCGCCUUCUCUUCGUCCUCAUCAGAGAUUUAUUUUUUGCCUCUUCUCCAUUUAACAGAGGAUGAGAAAUCUCAUUAAUUUUGCCUUUUGACAAAUCCGUUUUCAUUUUACAAUAGUCUUCAUGGGUGUAUGUAUAUAGAAUACAAUUUAUAGUAGAUAUGGGUGAGUAUCAUAAGUUUCUCGCUCUCCAUCUAAAUGGGAUUGUUGCGAACUCAAUGAAAAAGGACAACCGGAUGUCCUGAAUUGGGUUAUAUACCUACCUACAUACAUGUUCUCAUGCGACAGCAAAUGAGCAGCAGACGAAUGGUGAAAACGCGCACACGGAUGAAAUAGUUCAGCCAUUAAAUUUCUUUUGUAUAAAUAUAAAUACCAUCGUGUUUAUUAUUAUUAUCAUCCCUCCCGGGGAUGCCGCACACUGUAUAGAGAAGAUGAUGGUCUUGGGGGAAAAAUAAGCCUCGAGGGGAAAAUGGCUAAUUGAUAGGGCAGAUUAUUGCGUUGAGAAGCAUUUUCCAUGUGAAUCGCCGGUAAUUUAUUGCUCUGUCCUCCUUUGUCAUACAACGUUUAAUGUGACAAAUUCACUCAAUUAUCCUUUCUCUUGCUCUACUCUCCAAUAUUCCACCACGUUCAACAUAAAAGAAGCCCACCGUAUACGUUACUACCUACCUAUAUAUAACCGAAGCUUCCACAUAAUAUUGCUCCUUGUGUAGAGAGUCCAUAAAGCUCCGAAAAAGCUCCAUUUUACAUUACAUAUAUGUACCUAUAUUAUGUACCUACAUAAUGUAUGUAUAUAUGGAGAAAAUGUGCACAAGGAGCAAAAGAGAGGAAGAAAGAUGUUAAAUCGAAUAAUUUAAAAUUAUUACACAUAUGAAUAAAUCUACUUAUAAAAUGCUAAAGAGUCUGACAACAAUAUCAUGAAAAUGGUGGAGUGGAAGAAUAUAAAUGUUAUAAAAUAAAUAAAAGUACAAUAAACCUCGGCCAUAGAGCCAGUUAAACCCAUUUAUACUGUAGCCAUGGGGGCUCUGCUCUCUCCGAAGAUUAUUAAUAAAUGGAAAAUACGAUUUUAUUAUCCUUUAACAAAAAAAAAUCGUCGGGAAAUAACAAAAAUAAGAAUGAGAUGGAAGUAAUGAACUCGAACGCUCCACCCCAAAAUCAAAUAUACUCCAUGCAAUUGCUUUAGCUAGAAGGCGUGUCUACCAUGGUUGUGGAAGAAUGUGUUGGUUAGAUGGGAAUAUUUGUCCUCUUCUUGCGCAUGUGUUUCCCAUGGAAACCACUUUUUACGGCAUUGGUAGUAAAUGAGAUGGCGAGAUCCCGUGAAGUCUUGUGGCGAAAACCUCCGCGGUAGCCUGCAAGAGAAGAUUUUGGACAGUUGGACUUCAUUCUUAAACGCUAGGCCUAGUGGGUCAGUCAUAAAAUUGAAGCACUCCCAAAAACGGUUAAGGAGAUUUGCAUACGAUCUUUGGAAGUUCAUUUGAUAGCAAUCACUACUCAAAUACAAGUUGGGACAUUCUUGAAAAAAAAAUCGUGAUUAUUUCAUGUGAAAGUGAUCGAGAUUUAGUGAUUAAAAUUGUGAUUAAGAAUUUUUGUGAGAAGAAGACUUUUUGCACUAAAUUCGAACUAAAUCAGUUAAACGGAAAAAUUCAAAGAAAAAGCACAAAAGAGUUAAUUUUUUUGAUGAUGUGGAUGCUGUGACCGCAAUUUGCGAAUCUCACAAAGUGUAGGAGUCAGCAGCAUCAAUCUGGGUAGUCCGUAUCUGUCCACGACGGGCUCUGAUAGCCCCAAAUUGGGUGCACUGGUAGCUCCACACUUGAGUCAGUUUCCAUUUGCAGCAGCCACGCAACACGCUGCUCAAUUGAAUCUGGCUGCCUUCCGUUCGCCCGCAUUUCUGGGCUCCCAUGGAUUUUCCUUUGGUGGUGGUUUUGGGUAUGCACGAGAGGCCACAGGCGGCGGCAAUGGUGCCGUUCCAUUUGACUGCCAGCCCAGCCAAUUGAAUCACCAUCAUCACCAUCCGAGUGCGUUUCGCAACAACAAUAACAAUAGCCCAGUGAAUCUAUUUGUGGGCGCGAGUGGCGGGAACUGUGUUAGUGGUGGUGUCGUAAGUGCAACAGAUGGUACCGAUCGCGAUGGCAAUUUGAAUGACUACUGCAACAACUUUGGUGACCACCGUGUACCACCCAAAGAUAUCGAUUGCCAAGAUAUCGGCUAUACAAAUUGUGCCUCAUCCAGGGACGAAGAUACCCCACAUUUCGUCACAAGUCGCGACAACAGCCCCCUGCAUCAUCCAAACCACCCGUCGGACAGCCCAGACUGCACGGGUAAGCGUGGUGAUACGGAGAGCCCCGUUGAGAGCUCCCGAUCGUACCUUAGCCAAAAGAGUGACGACAUUGCGGGAUACCAUAGUCCGCAGAACGAUAGCAUUGGCUCCCGUAGUCCAGAAAAUCUCACAGGGAGACGAAGUCUAGACUACCCGUCGGCAGGGCAGAAAAACGUGUCAGACAUGCUGGAUCACAAGCUACCGCUGAGCUUCCUAGGACCACCACUAGCCGCCCUACAUUCCAUGACGGAAAUGAAAUCACCCGGCGGUACAACAGUCACCCAAACCCCAUCGCAGUCCAAUCAAACUGGAGCCUCAAACCCACAUGGAAUUGAUAACAUCCUCUCCAGACCACCGCCAGUCACUAGCGCAGGGCUAAGUGCUUUGACAGGCGGUAAGUGUUACUCCAACACAGUACUUCUAGGUGCUAUGCCAAGGUUCUCAAUAGCAGCUGCAGCUGCUGGUAUGGCGCAGUAUCUGCAGCAAAGUCAGCAAGGACCUCUUAAGGCUCAUUCUGGGAGUCUCGUUGAGAGACCCCAUCUCUACUGGCCAGGACUUCAAGGACUCGUGGCUAAUCCUAUGGCCUGGAGAGAUCGAUUGGCUGGAACAAUGGCAGGAAGCCUGUCUCAGUCACAUCAGCAGCACGACAAAGAUGGCAAGAAGAAACACACGAGGCCUACAUUUAGUGGACAGCAAAUAUUCGCACUGGAGAAGACAUUUGAGCAGACCAAAUACUUGGCUGGACCAGAGAGGGCUAAAUUGGCGUACGCCCUGGGUAUGACAGAAUCUCAAGUUAAGGUGUGGUUUCAGAACAGACGGACAAAGUGGCGCAAGAAGCAUGCAGCUGAAAUGGCUACAGCCAAGCGAAAACAGGAGGAACUCGGUGACGGUGAUGGGGACUGCAGUGAACCCAUUGAUAGUGAUUCAGAGAGCCUGGACCUGGGUGAGAGUGGGCGCAAACGGUGUCGCAUGGAUGAUGACAUGAGGCAAUAGAAAGUCACUGGAAUUCCGCUCUGAGCUCUAACCCCAAAUUCCUCGUUUUUCGCGGCAAAUUGUAAUAUUUUGUGCAAAAAAGAAUGAAAAAAAACUUCUUCGUAGAUUUUAGAGAAUAUUUGGAACUUUGUAAAAAAGAAAAUCUUGAGAUUUUACUUAAAAACUUAAUUUAAAUAAAUUUAAUAUAAUUUAAUGAAGAAAAAAAGACAACCAGUAGGUGAAUAAAAGGACAUUUAAUAUACAUACAAUGUAGUUGUAAAUAAAAUUGAUUGCAGUGCAGGUGAGAAAGAACACGUGUGAACGAUGCUUUCUUUUAUGGGAAAGAUGCUGCAUUUUUUGAGAUGAAUUGAAAGCAAAUUAUAGCGUACGAUUAGUGUUUUAGGGUAAAAUGAAAGAAAUUUUAAUCGAAUUUAUUUAAAUUAAAAAGGAAAUAAUAAAAAAACAUUCCCAAUCUCAUUUAUCGUUCAAUGGUCCAUUCUUAUGGUUCAUCCUAUACGGAUUCUACGCAACAAUGCCGAAGAUUCUGAUAUUUAUUCGCAUUUUGCUGCAUUUUAGUGCACAACGUAUCGCGUUUUUUUAUUUCUUCCCCCCACGCGUAAGAAGAGCAAAAAUCGCGCAAGAAAAAAUUAACUUAAUUUGUAUUUCAGUGAGAAAGAGGUGAAAAUUGAAAAUUGUGAUCAUGUAAGAGUGUAAAAAAAAUGUCUCAAGAGAACACAAAAUAAAAAAAAAAACUUGACGGAGAAAUAAGAUGAGAAAAAAGUACCCAAUAAAUUGUUUAAUGGCAUAUUUAUGGCUAUACGCAAUCGUCAAAUGGGCUGAAUGUGUGAGAGGAUGAUUGGAGGCAUAAAAUGAGAAAUGAUUAAUAAAUUAAAUUGUAUGUAUAUAUGUUGUAAUGAUCUCUAAACUUUCAAUAAAACGGCGAGAAUUAUAAAAAAAAAGAAAAAAUUGAAAUGAGAUAAAAGAAUCAAUUAAUAAAAUAUUAUUUGAAAAGAAAA